AUGCUUACCUCGCUCUUUCUCCUUUCUGCUCUCUUCUCGACAGCCUGGAGCUGCCCGAAGCACGACAACUACCAGUCACAUCCUCACCUGGGACGAAGACAAAUCCGAGUCGACAAAGGCCGGGAGCCUAAAGACUGGAACUACGACGUCUCUGCAGACUGGGCGACCAUUAACCCUGAAUAUGUUCUGUGCCAAUCUGGAACACAUCAGUCGCCCAUCAAUAUCGCUCAACAAGAUCUUUCGACCCUCCACAAGCCGAAUUUCGAGGGCUACCAGUCCGUCAAGAUCCCGGGCAACUUCUUCAACUGGCAAUUCGCCCCAGCCUGGACGCCUCACCAUCCGGAAGGCGAUGUCACGGGUCUCCCUAGCUUCAACUUCGAUGGCGAGGAAGUCUUCAACAUCGGCUGGCACAUUCAUGCACCGUCCGAGCACCUCAUCGACGGCAAGCGCAGUCGCGCGGAGAUCCACAUGGUCCACGUCACCGCGGAAGAGCAUGAAGCGGCCGUGAUCGGUAUUCGACUCGCCGUUGGCCCACAAGAAUCCGCCUUCAUCAAGCAGCUCGGCCCGAUGAUCCACUACAACGAUACCGCCCAGCUCGAGGGCCUGGAGGUCAAUCUGCGCCUUGCCAUCGAUGAAGUAGGCGGCGUCGAGGAGUUCUGGACCUACAAGGGCAGCCUGACCACGCCUCCCUGCAGUGAAGGUCUCCGAUGGUUCUUGCCCAAGCAGGAGCUCAUCGUCAGCGAGCAGCAGAUGGUCGAGAUUCUCGCAGCUAGUCGCUUCUCCCACCGCGUCGAACAGCCCGUUUGGCUUCAUGACAUCAACUUGUGA